AUGUUAUCGCUUGCAUCUCCUAUCCUCGGCCUGGCCGCAGCCGCGUCUCUGGUCACGGCUAGCCUGUUACCAAAUAUCCUUUUUAAGGAUGUUGUGGUUGUCGGUGGCGGUGCUUCUGGUGCCUACGCUGCGGUGCGACUUCGCGAUGAUUUUGGCAAAAGUGUUGCUCUCAUCGAGAAGCAGAGCAUCCUUGGUGGUAUGGUCGACUCUUAUGUGGACCCCAAGACCGGCGCCCCUCUUGACUAUGGCGUCAAGAUUUUCAUCGACGCUGGUAAUGCGACGGGCUUCUUUGACCGGUUUGGCAUCGCCAGGGGCAACUCGUCCAACCCCACAGUCACAACCGAGUACAUUGACUUCCGAACCGGAGACGUGGUCAACAUGACGCUGCCACCUUUUCCCGACCAGUUUGCGGCCAUGGCCAAAUUCCUCGAGGUGGUCGAGCCGUGGGAGCACCUGAUGCAGCCGGGCUACUACGACUUUCCCCAGCCAGAUGCCAUUCCUGAAGAUCUUCUGAUUACGUUUGGUGAUUUUGUCACCAAGCAUGGUCUCGAAGACGCCGCCCCUCUGAUCUACGAGAGUACCGGCCUUGGCCUCGGGAACAUGACGCGGGAAACCACUCUGUUUGUUCUACAGUCGUUCGGUCCCUCCAUGGCUCGAGCGAUGCUCGGCAAGCAAGGAAUGUUUGUCCCUGCGUCCGGUCGCAACCAGGACCUGUACGAUGCCGUAGCCGAGCAUCUCGGCGAUGACGUCCUGUAUUCAAGCACAGUUGUUGACAGCUGGCGUACCCCGUAUGGCGUCUUCCUCACAGUGAAGAACAGCAAGACAGGCCAGAUCACCCUCAUCACAGCCCGCAGGCUCCUCCUCGCUAUCGAGCCGACCAAGGACAACAUGGCGCCUUUCGACCUGGAUGACAACGAGCGUACGGUCUUCUCCAAGUUUACUUACACUAACGAAUACACCGGUCUGGUGAACAAUUCUGCAUUCGCAACCAACUACUCGUACUUCAACCUCCCUGCCUCUGCCGCGCCUGACAACUAUCUGGCUCUGCCGAAUCCCUCGUUCACGGCUCGCAUUGACUACCUGGGUGGCGAUAAUGUGUUCAGGGUGACGAUCGUCGGUGACGAGACACUCGACUCUGCCGGCGCCAGACGACUGGUGCAAAAGGACUUUGAUACUCUCCGCAAAGCCGGUCGCCUGUUGGAUGCGAAGGAAGGGGAGCAGGUGAGCUGGGUCGACUUCUCUGCACAUGGGCCCAUGCAUGCCCGCGUGUCGGUUGCAGACUUGAAAGACGGCUUUUACCAGAAGCUAUACGCGCUGCAGGGAGGACGGUCGACCUGGUGGACCGGCGGCGCUUUUUCGGUCAAUUUCCAGACCACGUUGUGGCAGUACGAUGAACUUCUUUUUCCGGAGAUUCUCAAAGGGCUGAACUAG